AUGUUCUUUAUUUCCCUGCGUUGUCUAACUAAUCCGUCUCACACUAGAGAGUCUUUCAUAACCGUCCUUUACAAUGGCCUUCACAAUGGUCUUUUAUGUUAUGUAAAUCUUGCGCGGCCCUAUUCAUUGGCCACCUUCCGCCAAACUACUCUACCUCAAGACGUCCUCACCGAAGCAUUCAGCAAGAGUCCCAGCAGCGUUGUCCAACUCCAACACAGUGCCGAGCAACCCGGACAAGGGGCCUCUCACUUAUUGCAAUUACCUGGUGAGUUUCGUAAUCGAAUCUACGACGAUUACUCGUCCUCUAACCUCAGCUCUAGCAUCCGCCGAGAUCGAGCGGAGACUGCGAAUCUCGAACUAAAUUCCAACACCAUGGUGUUCGAGUGCCCUGCGCGGCUCAUGCGUUUCUUAAGCCGAUUGCCAAGCCUAAGGAAUCGUGGAUCAAGACUUUGGUUCUCACAACCAGAAAGUGGAUCAAACCUUGGUGCUGUCCACAUAGCAGCGAAAGGCCUCCUCUUGGAAGUGGUGUUCCUUAGAACACAUCCGCAAAUCACUAUCAAGCACAUAUUCCCUACAUUCAAGCCAGUUUUUGCAUCCAAAGAGGGUUUCAUAUUCACACAGCUAUUUGUAGUCGGUAACUUCAAUCACUUUAUCGAACUUCCAGGUACUUCCCAUGUACUGUAA